AUGGGUGAACUUGGGGAUGCAUCUCAUACUUUUAGGUAAUAUAAUGUAGACAUUUUAAUAGGACUAUUUAUUUACAUCAGAUAGCAUUUUCGGAAAAAAUAAGAACAUAAAACGCUAGUGAUGGAUAUUACUUUUAUAGUUUUCUUUAUUGCUAAGUGUUUCUACGAAGCUUUUAACACUCAUUAAACAAACAAUUAUUUUGGGUAUUUUUACAUAUCCAUUCUCUUUCAUUUAUUUUAAGGUACUUUGAGAUCCCCCUUUUGUAAAAUUGCUUUGCCUUUUUUAUACUGUGGAUUUUUAAUUCAAUAUUUGAUAAUACCCUAAAAAAUAGAGAAGAAUCGAGAUUCAUUAUUGUUUCAAUUAUUUUUUUUGGGAAUAGCCUUGAUGAAUGAUUUUGCUAUUCAAAUAUCAGAACACAAGCUUAAUUAAAAUUAUAAAAGCUAAUAUGAAGAGAAAAUUCAACAAUUAGAACUCUUGAGUGAUAUUAUUUAUAAACUAAAUUUAGGAAUUCUUGCAUACGAUUAAGAUAAAAAAUUAAUUUAUCGGGGUUAAUAUAUGGAUUUUAUACAAGGUAUGAUUGAACCUAAUCAAAUAAUUGAAAAUAAUAUGGAUAACCCAAAUCGCUCCGAAAUUUAAAAUUCUUAGAGCAUGAGAUUAAUAUAUCAUAAUCGAAAUUAAAGUUCAAAUGUUGAAUUCUUAGAUGACAUAAAAGUAUCCGAAUAUAUCAUAAAUGAAACAGUUAAUAAAUAGACUGUUUCAAUAAGAUAAAUAAUAGAUAAUGGUAAUCAAUAAUAAGAAUACGAGUCAAUUUAUUACAAAGUCAAAUUGUUUGGGUAAAACCUCGAAAAGUUUAAGUAUCAUUUGAAGUUUACUUAGAUAACUCAUAACAAAUAGCCAUUAUUUUUGUUUACCUUCUAAUUAAUUAAUGACAUCUCCAUAUAUAGUGCAUUUAAAAAAGACUACAAGUUUAGGAACAGUCUUAUUAGUUCACUCAGUCAUAAAUUGAAAACGCCUUUAAAUUCAGUGAUUACUUAUUUGGAAAAUUGCCUUAGCAAUUAAUUUCUUCCAAAAGAUCUCAUCGAAACUUUCAUCAAACCUUGCUAUUGGAAUUCAAAAAUUCUGUUGUAUCUUAUUUAAGAUAUCCUUGAAUAUGUAUCGAUCUACUCCUAACAAAAACCUAUUUUGACAAUUAAAAAUAUAGAUAUUCACAAAUUGCUUUUCGAGAUCAAAGACUUAAUUAUGACAUAAUGUAGCAUAAAAGGCAUUCAAUUUACAAUCAAAUAUAAUAAUGAAGAUAUCAAUUAACUUCAAGCUGAAAAAAAAGAGAUUUGUUGCUUUAUUUAAUCAGAUCUCAAUAAGCUAAUGAGAAUCUUAGUCAAUCUUUUGAAUAACGCUUAUCGAUAUACUCCUUAAGGUGGAUAAAUUGAAUUAACAGUCAAAGAAAUUAAAACAGCAAGUUCUCGAAUGAUUAAAUUUGUUGUAUAGGAUAGUGGAAUAGGAUUAAGUAAAUAGGCCCAAGAUGAAAUUAAUAAGUAAAUGCAAAUUCAUCAAUAGCUAACUCAGAGUUCCAGAAAGUAAAGCAUUCUGUAAACUCAAUCUCUUGAUCGAGGAAUUAGCUAUUCAUCAAUGAACUUAAAAAAUGAAGUGCUUGGCAUUAGUUUAAAAAUAACAACAAAAUUAAUCAAUUAAUUAAAUAGGGCUUGUCCACUUAUAAUUGAGAGUAGUCCUGGAUAAGGAUGCAAAUUUGAAUUUUCAAUUUGUGAUUUAGAUUUACCUAGUGCAUCAUAACAGCAAUCUGCUUCAAGACAAAGGAAAAAUGAGUCAAUGAAAUCAAAUAAUCAAAUUUAAGAGUUCUUUACUAUUUAACCAGAUCCUAUUAGUAAUGAGCAGGUAGUUAUUUAGUAAAUCAGAAAAAUAGAUAGAAUUAAUCCAAGUAAGGAAAAGACUGUCAAUACUAUUUCUCGAUCAUUUUCCAGACAAAAAUCUAAAAGUCACAAAUCAAUACCAUCGCUUUGUUUGGUAUAAAAAAGAAGCACUUAAAAUUUAUUAUCAGAAACAGGAAAUAUAGUAAUAGUAGAUGAUGAACCAUUUAACCAUAUCACUUUGGAAAUGAUUUUAAAUAACCUGGGAUAUCAUAAAAUUAUACAUUGUUACAACGGGUAAGAGGCAGUAAAUUUAGUAUCUUAAUAAAAAUGCAUAAGAACUAUAUUAAUGGAUAUAGAUAUGCCAGUCAUGAAUGGUAUAUAGGCAUCAUAAAUUAUAACAGAUUUAAUAGAUCGAGAGAAAAUUAUGCCAUUAUAGAUUAUUGCUUGCACUGCUCAUGAAGAUGAAGACACAAAAUAACUUUGUUAGGAUGCUGGAAUAGAUUAAAUUGUUUUCAAGCCUAUUUUUCCUUAGGUUCUGAAAGAUGCUUUAUAAAUCAAGCAUUGA